UCAUGCUUGUGAAAAAUAAAAAAAAGGAAGGACAUGGGGAAUUGCGUUACAGUCUACAAGAACAAAGAUGUUGCAGACAUGGAUAUUAGUGUCCGAAUUCAAUCACCCAUUAAAGAGAACAAUGUUGGAAAGGAGGUUCCGAUUGCUGGAUACGAUCCCAGGCCUCAGAAUGAUGAAACUAGUUUUCGAGAAAAGGGUAAAGCAGAGGAGAGGUUUUUUGAUUCUCAGCCAUGGUUAGACUCUGAUUGCGAAGAUUUCUUCAGUGUUAAUGGUGAUUCCGUCUCUUCUUCCUGCAACAGUCCAAACCACCAGAAAAGCUUCAGGGAAAACUCAAUACCUCAUCAAAAUAAAUCCCCGGACCAUGCAGAGAAUGCGGUGCCUGCAGAAUCUCCGACAGACACAAAGAAGCUACUAAUCGAGUUAUUUCGUGAGAGCUUCAACGAUGACGAUGCCAACAACAACGAUACGAGUUCGAAACAACGGUUGGAAAACGAACCUUCAACUUCAAGUCCAUAUGAAUCUAUCCCAAACUCCGCUCGCAGUAACGGAAUGACACCGUGCCGGGGAUGCCUCCCGGAGAACGAAAAAUCAGCCCGGUCCGCGCCGCGCUGCCUACCGAGUUUGGUGCGCAACAUGAGCUUUGGUGAGAGGAAGAAAAGGCUAAGCCCUGCCCAAAACUGAUGGAUGGUAAGGUAAGCCAAAAAUAUUUACUUUCUAAAGGAACUCAUGAAAAUUGGCACUGCUUAAACAAGAUACAAUAUCGAAAAUCUUAUUCGGAUUUAAGUGUUGGUGUGGGAUUAUGUAUAUGUAUUCGAUGCAAGUAUAUGAUAUAUUUAGACCGUCUUUGAAGAAAUUAUAUUCUGAAACUCAUAUUUAAAUUAUUUAAA